AUGGGCGUCCGGUCCGUGCCGACUUUUGGCGAAGAUCCUGACUCUGUGGAUUCAACGCACGAAUUCCUCAUUCGGGGUGUCGAAUGGCUGCUCACAGUAGAAAAUGCCUGGCCAGAUGCUUUAUCUUAUGGAAAAAAUAUGCACCUGAACUCGGCGCGAGCGCUUGCACAAAGAGUUGGCUUUGUGGACAUCCUCCAGAAUCAGCUCAAGGACAUGGACAGUAAUGAUGUCAGCCUAGAAGACAUCGCCGAUGCAGCUUUCUGGGCGAACCAGCUGAGUAUGCUCCCGGCUUUCUCCGGCUCCCCUGGAUCCCAAUAUCUCUCGUGA